CUGCAGUCUCUCUUUAUUUUGAUCGGCCGGAGCUCCAACUUGCUCCAACAUCCAUCUCUGCCACUCCACGCUCUCCUUGCUGAUAAAGAAUCAUUCUCUGAUUAAGCGAAUAUAAGCCCCACGUAUAACAAUUCGCAGUCUAGAAGUUCUCUGACUUGCAAUUGAACUACAGCAGAGCGCGAACCAUAUAAUGUCUGGAAAACUACCGGCUACAUAUGUGAAGGGCUUCCACGAUGAGGCGAAGGUGCGCCAGAUGGAAUACCGAAAGUUUGGAAAGACCGGACUGGAAGUCUCGAAAGUCUCGUUCGGAGGCGGGGCCCUGUGCGCUGCCUAUGGCUUUGAUUGCGAAGAGGGAAUUAAGACCGUGCACGAGGCUUUAAAGUCUGGUAUUAACUACAUCGACACUGCUCCCUGGUAUGGACACGGUCGGUCAGAGGAGGUUCUUGGUCAGGCUCUUAAGGGUAUUCCAAGAGAGUCCUACUACAUCGCCACCAAGGUGGGUCGCUAUGAGCCCGAAUACGAAAAGAUGUUCGAUUUUAGUGCCAAGAAGACGCGGGAGAGUGUAGAUAAGAGUCUCAAACUUCUGGGCUUAGACUACGUAGACGUGAUCCAAAUCCAUGAUAUUGAGUUCGCGGAGAACCUUGACAUUGUGAUUAACGAAACGCUGCCCACGUUGGAGCAAUUGGUCAAGGAGGGCAAGGCGAGGUUUAUUGGGGUGUCGGCUUAUCCCAUUUCGAUUCUGAAGGAGUGCUUGACCCGAGCGGCCGGCAGGUUUGAUACUGUUCUAACCUACUGCAGAUACACGUUGACCGAUGAAACCCUACUGGAGUAUUUGGACUUUUUCAAGUCCCAGAAUCUAGGACAAAUCUGCGCCGCUGCCCAUGGCCUGGGACUGCUAACCAACAAAGGACCUCAGCAUUGGCAUCCGGUUGGCGAUGAUAAGAAGAAGAUCGCCCGCAAGGCGUCGGAUUUCUGCAAAGAAAACGGCGUGGAACUGGGCAAGCUGGCAUUCUAUUAUACGACCAAAGGUCUGCCUGAGGUGAGCACCUUCCUCACAGGCAUGCAGACUCUCGAGUUGCUUCGAAUCAACCUGGAGGCCGCUCUGGUGGGCCUCAGCGACCAGGAGCAGGAAGUGCUGGAGUAUCUGCGCAAAAAUAUUUUUACCGAACCGUUCAAUUGGGAGGGCAACGAACUGGCGGUGUACUGGGCAGCGCUGAAAAAGAAGUGAUCCAUUUGGCCAUCUCACUAUACGGAAAUAAUAGGAAAAGUUCUUCAAUUUCUUCUCGUUGACCUCAAUACUGGGUUCUUGUUGACUUAGAAAUGAACUUGAGAUAAUAUAUAAAAAGGCAAUUUCAUUGUACAAAAAAAUUAAUUGAUAAAAAUGUUUAAUCAGUAAGUGAUGAAAAAGCAAAGCUAAUCACAGAUAUUGAAAAGCAUUUAACACAUACGGGCAACAUAUACUAUCUGAGGUAAUAAAGAGCUUUAAACAAGAA